UAGAUAUAUCUACGAUGUUGCGCUGCCACUACCCUACCCUACCCUACUCUCGCCAGCACCCAACACCCUGCUACGAAAUCCAGCUCUCUCCUCCAGCCCAGCGCCCGAUCAGCAUAAAUACCACCGCAUCUCUCUCUCCCCUCCCCGGGUGCCAAGGCCUUUCUUUUCAGUUUUUUGGCUUCUUUGCCCCCAUCCUAGUAUCCAGCACUUUUUUACCUUAGCCCAGCCCCAUCCAACAUGUUCCCCUCCCUCCUCCCCCUCCUCCUCCUCGCCCCCUCCCUCGCCGCCGCCCACGGCGCCGUGACCAGCUACGAGAUCGGCGGCAAAGCGUACGAGGGGUACCAAGGCUUCUCGCCCGUCGCCGGCGCGCAGACGAUCCAGCGGCAGUGGAAAGACUACAACCCGAUCAUGACGGUGACCGACGCCCUGAUGACCUGCAACGGCGGGACCUCCGCGCCCGUCUCCGCCGAGGUCGCGGCGGGGGCCAACGUGACCGCCGUCUGGAAGCAGUGGACGCACCAGCAGGGGCCCGUGAUGGUGUGGCUGUACCCCUGCGACGGCGCCUUCGCCUCCUGCGACGGGAAGGCGAAGAAGUGGUUCAAGAUCGACGAGAUGGGCCUGACCGGCGACGUGCUCAACAGCAACAACUGGGGCACCGCCGUCAUCUACAAGGACCUGAAGUGGUCGUCGCGGAUCCCGGAAAGCUUGAAGCCCGGGAACUACCUCAUCCGCCACGAGCUGCUGGCCCUCCACCAGGCGAACACGCCGCAGUUCUACCCCGAGUGCGCGCAGAUUACUGUCACCGGCUCCGGCACGGCGACGCCGCCGGUGGACUUGCUUACUUCGAUUCCGGCUUAUGCUGCGCAGUCGGACCCUGGUAUCAUGGUCGACAUCUACCAGGGCAAGGGUACUUCAUACAAGACCCCCGGGCCCGCUGUCUGGACUGGCUAAACGACAUAGGGUUAACUGAUGGAAC